UAGCUAUCUAAAACUAAAGCAGGCCUUCACACACACCUCUGCCUCUCUCUCUCUCUCUCUCAUUUCUAUCCACAUUACGCUAAAAUGAGCGAGUUUAGCUUCAGAAGCCUCACAUUCAUGCUUUUAAUUGCCCUUCUGGUUUGGUCAUCUAAUUUUGAAGCUUGCAUGGCCAGAAGAGGCAGGCAUUGGAGGCAGAGCAGAGCUGCCUCUGCUUCUUCUGUUUCAAAGAAAAAAGGAAAAGGCAGUCACGGCGGCGGCAGUAGUCACCACAAUAGUGGUGGUAUCAGUGGAUCAAAACCCAAGUCCCCAUCUCAUAACAAGGCGCCAUCUCCAUCUCAUAACAAGGCGCCAUCUCCCUCUCAUAACAAGGCACCAUCUCCACCUCAGCUCCCAAAGCCAAGAGAUGACACUCCACCAAGCACACCACAUAAAGGCUCCUCCUCUUUCAAUGUGCUGGAUUUUGGUGCUAAAGGAGAUGGAAGUACCGACGACACAAAGGCUUUCCAAGCUGCGUGGGCUGCUGCUUGUAAAGUUGAGGCAUCACAGAUCAUUGUUCCAGCCGCAUACAAGUUCCUUGUGGGGCCCAUCUCCUUCUCUGGCCCAUACUGCCAACCAAACAUCCUAUUUCAGUUGGAUGGCACAAUCGUAGCUCCAACAGACUCCAAAUCCUGGGGUAAAGGUCUGCUGCAGUGGCUUGAAUUUACAAAGCUGAGAGGAAUAACAGUUCAGGGGAAGGGUUUAAUUGAUGGAAGAGGCUCAUCUUGGUGGCAGGACACUCCCUAUGGAGACCCUAUAGAUGAUGAUUUCAAGCUCAUUGUGCCACUAAACAGCACAGCCCAACAACACCCGCCAAUGCCGAUAAGAAGCGAGCUGAGUGGGAAAAUGCCAAGCAUCAAACCCACGGCACUGAGGUUUUAUGGAAGUUUUAAUGUGACAGUCACGGGGAUAACAAUUCAGAAUAGUCCCCAAUGCCACCUCAAGUUUGACAACUGCGCGGGAGUGUUGGUCCAUGACAUGAGCGUCUCGUCCCCUGGCAACAGCCCCAACACAGAUGGAAUUCACCUGCAAAACUCCAAACAAGUGCUCAUCCACACCACCAAUCUUGCUUGCGGAGAUGACUGUAUUUCCAUACAAACGGGGUGCUCAGAUGUGUACGUACACAAUGUGAAUUGUGGACCUGGGCAUGGAAUCAGCAUCGGAAGUUUAGGAAGAGAUAACACCAAAGCCUGUGUCUCAAACAUCACCGUUCGAGACAUCAUCAUGCACAACACGAUGAAUGGUGUCAGAGUCAAGACAUGGCAGGGUGGAUCAGGCUCUGUUCAGGGAGUGCUGUUCUCAAACAUUCAAGUUUCUGAAGUUCAACUUCCUAUUGUGAUUGAUCAAUUCUAUUGUGACAAAAGCCAAUGCAAAAACCAAACUUCCGCUGUGGCUCUAUCGGGGAUCACCUAUGAGAGAAUAAGAGGGACAUACACCGUAAAACCUGUACACUUUGCCUGUAGUGACAGCCUACCCUGUGUAGACGUAACACUAAAUGGCAUAGAGCUGAAGCCAGUGCAAGAGCAGUAUCACAUGUAUGAACCCUUCUGCUGGCAGACGUUCGGAGAGUUAAGAACCCCAACUGUCCCACCCAUUGCUUGCUUACAAAUUGGCAAGCCAUCAAGCAACCGAGUGAAUUCAGAUCAUGAUGUAUGUUGAGAUCAUUUUAGUACUAAGUAUAUAUAUAUAUAUAUAUUUAUAUAAGAUGAUGAUGGUGCAUUCGCUUUGUGUGGUCGGCAUGAUUUCCUGACCCCUUUCACACCAUCAGUUUGUUUGCUCUAUAGUGUGUAUAAUUUGGCAGUCCUAGUUUACAGGAAUUCUUCUUUAUAAGAGGCUUACAUUUAUUUCCCAUUGUGAUUACAAGAGAACAUACGAGGAGGAAGGCGUGUUCUGGAACAAUUUCUAUAUAAAUCAUGUAUGACAUUUUCAUCAAAAAAUAAAAAAUACAGAACUUGCAU